CAUUCAGAAACCAUGAAUUCUGAAACAAUGCGUUAAGAAAAAACGCGUUCGUGGAAAAAUCCAUGGAAUACCCUUAUUUCUGGAAACCAGGCUGUACCACACAUUCUGGGAAUGGAUGCACACGAUGUUGGAAAUGUUUCUCAGGACGAAGUUUUCGGGUCUCAAGUUAAUUCCUCCAACCCGCCAACGACUGUGCAAGAUGAACACUUUCUUCUGGAAGACAGUACAAAACUAGUUGGAGUUCAAGCGGUUUUAAUAUUUGCCUACAGUACCAUAAUUCUUUUGGGGGUGAUAGGUAACUCUCUUGUUCUAUAUGUUGUGUAUAAAUUUAAAAACUUGCAUACAGUGACAAAUUUUUUCAUAGUGAACCUAGCCGUGGCAGACCUGCUGGUGAACACCUUGUGCCUGCCCUUCACACUCAUGUACACGCUCCACGGCGAGUGGAAGUUUGGGUGGACACUUUGCUUCAUGCUACCUUACGCCCAAGGCCUUGCUGUGCACGUCUCUACUAUAACACUUAAUGUUAUAGCAAUGGACCGGUAUCGCAGCAUUGUCUAUCACAUGGAGACUAAAAUGUCACGGUAUAUGUGCGCAGUGGUCAUAGUUUUCACCUGGAUUGCCAGUGCAAUUCUGGCCAGUCCACUCGCCAUCUUUCGCGAGUAUGCGUCCCUUGAUCUGACACCUGAGCAGUCCAUACAGGUGUGCACGGAGAAGUGGCCAGGUGGCGGUGUUGACGGGACCGUGUACAGUGUUGCCACCUUUUUACUACAGUACGGCAUUCCACUUUCCAUCAUCUCCUUCGCAUACGCUCGCAUCUGGAUCAAGUUGCAUAGGCAUGUAAGUCCAGGCGGUGGAGGCCGGAACAACCGUCAUCGACGCCGCAAGAAAACUACAAAGAUGUUGGUGGCCGUGGUAGUGGUGUUUGCUCUCAGCUGGUUGCCUCUUCAUUCUUUUCAACUCGCCGUUGACUUCCACGACAGUAUUCUCGACAUGAGAGACUUUAAACUCCUGUACACCGCCUUCCACAUAACUGCCAUGUGCUCCACUUUUGCCAACCCGAUUCUGUACGGCUGGAUGAACCGGAACUACCGAACUGCAUUCACUGCUGUGUGCAAGUGUAUCUGGACAGCUGAUCAGGCUGGGGCCAACAGGGGUCCAGUCAGAAGAAUGGAGAAGGAAGGAAAGGGCAUUAACUGUCUGUAUACACACGUAACGAAUGUUUAAGAUAAGAUCUGUGGGCAUUAUCCGUGUAAAGGUGAUUUACGCAAUUUACGUAGGCCUAGCCAUGUUUGUUGUAGGGCAUAUUGUAAGGGAGAUUUAAGGUGAU